GGAGGAAGGGGAAAUAAAAGAGAGAAAGAAAGGGAUAUAUACGAAGAAAUGAUAAAAAAAAGGAUUGAUUGAGAGAGACGAAGAAGCAUUCAAAUAGCUGGAGCUGCUUUACCUGUACCUUCACCAACACGCGCCUUCUUCAACGCUCCAGCACCUUUUUCCUUUUUCUCUUUCUCCUCAUUGUUAGGUGUUGCGGUUUGGAUUGGCUUUGGAAAAGUUUAGAUCCUAAGUACUAGCUAGAAGGAAAUUGAAGAAUUCUGUGCUUGCCUUCUAAUCAGUUUUAUGUCAAAAGCUGCUGUAGGUGGCAUAUAUAUUGCAUUUCUUUUGGUUUGGUUGAGAGUGAACACACGCAACAAGGAUCCCCGAAAUUCCCUUUGAACUCUGUUUCUGUUCAUGUCCUGAACUUCUGUUUCACAGUAAACAUUCUACUCAAUCAAUUUGGUCACUGAUGUGGCCCUUAUACCUGUUAUUCAACAAGAUUCUUAAGACAGAAGAUGAAAGAGAAUUGAAAGGAGAUAAUUUGAGUGCCAUAGAUCCCUACUUGUUUCAGCAUUCAUCAAGUAACAAUAACAUAGAGUCCCAUCUUCCCUCCUUACGCCGCUCGCUCUUUGUUGAUGUACCACAUGUAAACCAAAUAUAUACAUGGGAUUGUGGCCUUGCUUGUGUCUCGAUGGUUUUGAAAACUAUUGGUGUUAACGACCGUGAUAUUCAAGCACUGGCUGAGCUAUGCUGCACUAAUAGUAUCUGGACAGUUGAUUUGGCAUAUUUGUUGCAGAGAUUUUCUGUUGCAUUUUCCUAUUUCACUGUAACAUUUGGUGCAAACCCAAACUAUUCUGUUGAAUCCUUUUACAAGGAGGAAUUGCCUAAUGAUCUAGUCAGAGUAGAUAUGUUAUUUCAAAAAGCAGUGGAGUCUGGAAUUGACAUACAGUGUAGAUCAAUUAGUGGAAGAGAGAUUUCUAUUCUCAUAUUGUCAGGGAAAUAUAUUGCUAUUGCAUUAGUUGACCAAAGCAAAUUGAGUCAUGUAUUGCAAGAUGCUGUUCAUGUUCCUGAAGUUUCCAGCAAUAACCCUGGCUAUACUGGUCACUAUGUUUUGAUAUGUGGCUAUGAUGCUGGAGCAGAUAUGUUUGAGAUUAGAGAUCCUGCCAGCUCUAAGAAGCAUAAAAGGAUAUCUUCAAAGUCCUUAGAAGAAGCUCGCAAAGCCUUUGGGACAGAUGAGGAUCUUCUCUUGAUAUCUUUGGAGAAGAGCAAGAACCACCAUCAACUUUCAAACCAACUUUCCACUGAUGUCAAUAUGGAUUCUUCAAUUUCUUCUCCUCUGCAAUAAUUUGCCAUUUUUUUUCUAUUUUGCAUAUAUUACAUAUUCCCUGUGUUAAUUUAGUUGCUAAAAGAGAAUCAUAGCUUCUCUUAUAUUUAUAUUCCCAGUAAAAUCCUGUUAAAAUGGUAAUAUUCCGGCCUGUAUGCAUUGUGUAGAUACGUAAGAUGCAUUACUGAAAAUUGUAUAGUAGCAAUCAAUUCAUUGUAAUGUUAUGUAAAGAUCAUGUAUACCUUCUCGGAAAGAUGUGAAACAGACAACUAAAUUAUCAUGAAUGGAUUCAGAGUUUAAUGGACAGAAAAACUUUUUGCCUGAAAAUUAUUAAAAUAAAAAUGUCAUUUAGUUCUGGAAACUAUAAUGUGUCGGCUGCUUCCAUUAAUCUUGUAUCACGUGAGAUUGUGAUUAUUUAUUAAUUGUUUUUCUCCUUUAUGGCCGAUUGUUAUUCAGCUGAUGUAUCUUUUUGAAAUAAAUUCAAUAUGUUUAGUGAUUACAGAUGAAUUCUACUAUCUGGGCAGUUCCAGCUAUGCAUGAUUAUAGUUAAUAACACUCAUCUUAGAGAGAAGACAAGAUUGCUUCAGGUAUUCUCUAUUCAACAAAUGCAUGUGAUGUGAUACAUUUAUAUCAGUGAACCACAUAUGCAUUCAUGACCUGCUUGGACCAUUAAAUGCAUCCUUCUUUCUAUGCAUCUGAUACACCUAAUUUUUGUAAAGGAGCGUGUUCUCUCUAAAUGCAUGAAUGGAUGUGUUAUAUAUAUAUUUUAUGCUAUAAUUACUUAUACAAUCUUAUUCUUGUGUCACUCCCACAUGCAAAGAAGUGGGAUACAACCCGGGUUUUGGGGCUUUUCACCAUUUGGCACUGCUUUUAAUAUUAUUUUAUCUACUAAACUUUGGAUUUAGCUGUGUUUCUUAUCUUAAAAAAUUCAGAAUAGACUACUAAUUUGAUGAGUAAGCAUGGUUAAGGUUCAAUAAUUAUAUUCUGUGACUAUGCCAUUGCUGUGUUUGACUCAAACAAUUGUCAUCAUUGUGAUUGUCGUUUUGUGAAUGACGGUGGUGGAGAACAUGGUAAUGGAAGAAGGGAAGUGAGUUGGUCAAAACGGUGAUAGAUUCUGUAAGGGGAUGUGGAACUCACUUUCCCAAGAAUCUUCUAAAACAGAGUUCCCCGACACAGCGUCUCUCUCCCGCAGAACAACCAGACAUGUUCUCCAUAACUAGCUUGUACUAGUACUAUUAAUAUUAAUUAAUUAACUAAUUAUUAAUAUAUAAUUAUCACCAUCAUCAUCAUUAUCCAUAUUUUUUUAGGACGUGAUCAUCACCACCACCAUCAUUAUCAUCAUCAUCAUCAACAUCAUCAAUUCUUCGUAUUAUUAUAAUGUCAUUCUAUACCUGCAAGUCCACAAUAUAUAAUUGUUAUAUUUUACUGGUUGAACUUUACAUCUUUUGUGUUUGCCACUCAGCCCACUCGUGCAUGUUCUUUGGAAGUUACUUUCCUGCUAUUGCGAUGUGUGAGAUUAUUGUAGUUUUCCGGGUAUUUAUAUUUACAUUUUAUUGAUCAAACACCUCAAUAAUUAGUAUUUUCCUCCGAUUGUUAUCCUUUCAAUUAUCAACUAUCUUUCAGAAUUUUUGAAUUAUUUAUUAUAUAGGAGGAGGAAUGUGCAAGUGCGAUUUCUGUUUCCUUCCCCGAUUGUAUUUCCCACUUUCUUAAUCAUAUAAUAAAUUUUCUGAGCCUAAUA